CACGUGCGCGGGAGGGGGUGAUCACGCCUGCGCCAAGAGGAACAAGAUGGCGGAGAGUGCGGAACUGAAGUAGCAACAUUUUCUUCUGUCAUCAAUGUCGAAGGCCAGCCAGACUGCGGGUCAUCUUCGAGACGUGUCCUACCAAAACGGAAUUCUUUAGUCCAUUUCUUGACUAUGGCAUAUGAAGGGGACUGUUCCUGAUACACGUUGGCUAGGCAAGAAAGAACUUCUGAAGCAAAUGGUUAUGAGCCUUCGUGUUUCAGAGCUGCAAGUACUGUUGGGAUACGCUGGACGCAACAAACACGGACGGAAACACGAACUCCUAACAAAAGCACUGCAUUUACUAAAGGCCGGCUGCAGCCCAGCUGUGCAGAUGAAAAUCAAAGAACUCUACAGAAGGAGGUUUCCCACCAAAAUCGUCACACCAGCAGAUCUUUCUCUUGCUGGUGUCCAUUCUACCACUGCGACCUUACCUUCCGGCUUGUCGCCUAUCCCUCAGCUCACUUAUGAUGGACAUACUGCCACAUCACCACUGCUUCCUGUGUCCCUCUUGGGGCCUAAACAUGAACUGGAUUUGCCCCACCUCACACCAGCUCUGCAUCCAGUCCACCCUGACGUUAAGCUCCAGAAGCUGCCUUUCUAUGACAUGUUGGAUGAGCUCAUCAAGCCCACAAGUUUGGCCUCAGACAACAGCCAGCGCUUUCAGGAAACUUGCUUUGCUUUUGCACUGACACCACAGCAAGUUCAGCAGAUCAGCAGCAGCAUGGACAUCUCUGGGACCAAGUGUGACUUUACAGUUCAGGUUCAGCUCAGGUUUUGUUUAUCUGAAAUAAGCUGUCCACAGGAAGACCACUUUCCACCGAAUCUCUGUGUCAAAGUGAAUGGGAAACCCUGCAAUCUUCCGGGUUAUCUUCCACCGACCAAAAAUGGUGUAGAACCAAAGCGGCCUAGUCGGCCAAUAAAUAUUACCUCUCUGGUGAGAUUGUCAACAACUGUACCAAACACCAUUGUGGUCUCCUGGACAGCUGAGGUUGGAAGGAACUAUUCAAUGGCAGUAUAUCUGGUUAAGCAACAGUCUUCAGCAGUGCUUCUUCAGAGACUUCGGUCAAAAGGCAUUCGAAACCCAGACCAUUCCAGAGCACUGAUUAAAGAAAAGCUGACAGCUGAUCCGGACAGUGAAAUUGCUACAACCAGUUUGCGUGUGUCUCUGUUGUGUCCACUGGGAAAAAUGAGGUUGACCAUCCCCUGUCGCUCUUUGACCUGUUCACACUUGCAGUGCUUUGAUGCCACACUAUAUAUUCAAAUGAAUGAGAAGAAGCCCACAUGGGUGUGUCCCGUGUGUGACAAGAAAGCUCCAUAUGAGCAUCUUAUCAUUGAUGGGUUGUUUAUGGAAAUCUUGAACAGCUGCACAGACUGUGAUGAAAUCCAGUUUAAGGAGGAUGGGACGUGGGCUCCCAUGCGAUGGAAAAAAGAAGUGCAAGAGGUGACGGCUGCUUACAAUGGAUUGGAAGCUGCUUGUCGAAGCAGUUUGACGGAACACCGGCAGACGACGACGCAGAACAGCAAAAAAGUAGAAGUGAUCGAUCUGACACUGGAUAGCUCCACAGAUGAUGAAGAAGAAGAACCUCCAGCAAAGAGAAGCUGCGCAUCCCUGUCGCCUGCAUCACCACCCAUGAGCAAAGGUGUGUUGAAUUUGCAUCAUCAAGCAUCGCCAGUGACCAGAACACCCAGCAUGCCCACAGUGGACACAAACUACAUCCCUCCUCCACCUCCACUGAUUCAGGACUACAGACAUUCUUACCAUACGUUACCGUAUGAACUUCAAGGACUUGACUUCUUUUCCUUUCUACAGAAUGACAAUCAGCACUACAGCACCACAUUGUUAGCUGCUGCAGCAGCAGCAGCCUCAGCUUCCGAAGACCAUGACCUCCUGCACCCAUCUCUCAACCGGUUCCUGCCCUACAGCUCCUCUCAGAUGUUCCUGGAUCAGCCAAGCACCCCUGUCAGCAGCACAUUGGCAGCUCCAAAUGGAAGCAGUAGCAGCAGUAGCAACAGCAGUCUGGUAUCGUCAAGCAGCCUACGGGAAGGCCACAGCCUACCUGUACCAAGUCGAAGCAGCACAGACGCCAGUGCCCUCUAUGGUUCCAUACCAGAUGUCAUUUCGUUGGACUGACUAUUGGAGUAGAACCAACUCAGCUUUGUGCUCCACUUACUUUAUUAGGUUUUAGAAAAGUAGAAGUCUUUUUUAAAGGAACGACGCCGUGUACAGAGAACAAAAAUAUAUUUUCUGUUUUACUUUUGUACAUAAACUUAGGACUUGCCUGUCCAGUGAGGUAACUUCAGUUGAUUUUUGUGGAUGCUGAAGAUUUUACACAGUUCUCAUUUCUCCCUUUAUUAUAUUCAAACUUUUUGUAAUUGUUUUGUCCCAUAUCAAGGCAUUAUUUCUCUCCCAGUUACAGUUUUUCCUCUUCUCAGUCAUCAUAGGAUUUUGUCAUUUUUUUAAUUUCCCCAACAGUGGUUCACCAAAAUAGUAUUUUCAUUUUGUGCUGAAUAAUUUUAUUAUUAUUUAUGUAAAAUAUCUAGACUGUUUCACUGCAUUCCCUCCUGUUUUUGCAGGAUGUAGCUAUUGGGAAUGUUUUGGUACACAAAUCAAGAAAAAAAAAAAUAUAUAUAUAUAUAUAUAUAUAUAUAUAUAUAUAUAUAUAUAUAUAUAUAAUAUAAAAAUAUAUAAAAUAUGUCAUUUCUGGUUCAGCUGUUCAUCCGGGCCGAGUCAUGGCUCGAAAUUCAAAUUACUUACUUAUUCAUUUGCUAAGUUAAUUUUGAAGCAAAAAGAACUGGAAGGUUCUGUGAAACUUGUAUACAUUUUACCAAAUGUAGCAUUACUUCAUACUGCAGCAUUUUCUUCCAUUGUUAGCUUGACCCAGAGAAGCCAUGUCCAGCAGCAAAUGAGGGACAGCCACAUGUGGCAUGGGUAAUGGUCAUGUGGCAACAUAACAAAUUUCCACGGCUGUCCAGGAGAAAAGCAACUUGCCAGUUGGAAAUACAGAGUCAAGAUCACUUCAGUCAGCACUAUAUCCAAAUGUUUAAAGGCACCAGCUGUUUUGUGGCUCCACGCUGGCAGAACUAUUGAUGAAACCUAAGACUGGAAGAAGUCGCUGUUCACCCUGGUCAUCUGGAUUGUUUUAUGUGCCGUGUAAAUAGCAGUCUGAUUUGACUGAACAAUAUGAAGGAAUCUUCCCACAUCCUUGGUCCAGCAACACACUUCAUAUUUUGGGGUUUGUGGAUGUGUAUUUAUUUAUUUAUUUAUUUUCAUGGUCCUUCUCUCCAUUCACCUUAUUUUGUAAUUGGCCAGACUUGAAGCGGUUUAAGCUGCUUUUAUGGAUUGACAGUUCCUAUCCAUUUGAAUCACACUCAUGGAGUAUGUACCUAUAUGAGAGUCCAGCAGGGUUAGUGUAUCUGGAAAUGCUGUUUUUUUUUUUUUUUUUUUUUCCUCCCUCCAUUACAAGUUUCUUGAAGCACUUGCAGAGCUGUGACUCGGCCUGAUAAUAUGGACAGAAGUGUAGCUUCUACCUACCUACCUACCCACCCACCCACCCACCCACCCACUGGAGAAGCCUGGGCUUCUUUUUAGCUGGGCUGCCUGCUCUUUCUUGUUUGUUUAUUUGUGUAUUAACUUGAAAUGUUUGUCUUCAUGUUUGGAGCGUUAAAGGAAAGUGAACUCUCUAGCACAUGAAUUCUAAGGUCUGGAGGAGCUUGGCGGCUGGUUUUUAUUCCAACUGAUUUCUUACCUUGAAUGCAAAACCAUGUCUCUUAAUUUGACCUCACUAAUAAACACAUUAUUUCCCUGGUUUUACAUUUUUGUUGUAUUAAAAAAAUCUUAACAGUAUUUAUGUUUUUAUUAAAAAAUAUAUAUAUAGCAAAACUAUAUGGUUCAUAUGCAGAUAUUAGUUUAUUUUCCUGAACACUUCAUUAUUUUAGAAAUUUUUUUUUUAUCAUUAUAUUUUACCUCCAGGUAUAAAGAGUUAACUGCUGUUCAUUAUAACAUGUUGAGUGUAUUUAACCAGCGAAUUUAAAAUGCAUUUUUUUGAAAACAAACUCCUUUAAAGAUAAAAGAUGAAGAACAAAGUAAAUAGUAAAUAACCAAUCUCUUAAUGGCUGUGACAACCGUUCUCUUCAGUGAUGUUUUGAGAAAAUAAUGAUGCUUUGCACUGUUUUUGUAACACUACAAGGCAGAAAUUGGUUGGAGUGAAAAAUCAGCUGCCAUAAUGAUGUGUGUCUAGCUUGUUUUCUCCUAUAUGUGCAGAGUGUACACUUUCUGCAGUUCCAUGCCCAUUAUGGGAGCUAGCAAAGGGAUGGGCUUUUUAGGCAUCCCCCUUGACAUUUGUUGGUUACUUCAUUCACUGCCUUAAAUUUUUCCACUGAUUAUAUUUCCUUAUGGCAUGCCAAACCAGUAAAGAGGAUUUUUAAAGAAAAAAGAUGUACAGUAGACAAUGUCAGUUUGUAUAAAAUUCCAAGUGAAACAUAUUUAUUACCUGCAUUGGAAGAAAUUGUUUACUUCUUGAAUGUUUGUUUCUGUAGAGACGUUAGAUGUAAUAAAAGGCAUUGAGCUA